CCAGCAACAAGCUCGAGUAGGCGAGCAGCGAGACCUAGCGAGCGAGACGAGAAGGUUAGCCAGUUCUGAUGCCGUGGCAUGAAUGAUCUCAUCCCAAUCUGAUCUCCCGCUAUUUACAGAGAAUCCUAUGACCGACACCGGUAUUAAGUAAAACCAAAAAAGGAUUCACUGAUUUGACUGCUUGGGUUGCCAGAUUGAUACUUCACAUAACCCGAGCCAGCAGCAGAAGGAAAUGCUAUCAACGUCAGUAUAGUGGGGGAGGGGAGCCAGCUAACAAGGAGGAACUCGGGUGAAACUAGCUAGUUAGCUGUAUUAUUUUUUUCCUACGAUUGUUGUUUGCUGUUUCAGAUUGACAUCUUUGUUCAGAAUAACUGUUUAUCAGACAGUUAACAUCUCAAUAUAUCAGUAUUUAUGCAAUUUGGUGAGAUGAAUGUCUUGACUUAUCUUGACCAAUGUUUUAUAUCUAAAUAACAUAUUGAAUCUUUAUUCAUCAGUUUCUAUCAGGCCCUAACAGACUUGUGUUGAAUGGUCCCUUUUAGGCUUGCAGUGUGUAUUCUGAUGGAGGAGCCUCUUAGUUGCCACACAUUUUUAUCCUCCAAGUUUCCUUCUUGUCUUGUCACGACUACUUCCCCAUGUCUUGUUUUCAGACAGCCAACUAGUUAAACACACCCAGUAAGCUUUAAUGCAGCUUCUGCACAGGGACAGCUGCAUUUGUAUCUGCGUCCGGGCUCAUUUUUGCUUUCAUUUGUACACGUUUUGUUUUCACAAAUAGUUUAUCAUCUUUUAACAGGAUCAACCGUUGUACGAAAAAACGGGAAUACACAUUUCCCUUCGUCUGUCUCCCGUGUUGUGUUUUUGUAACGACCCCUUUAUGAAUUCUCUUAGUCAUGGUGUAGGACAUUUGAGUCUGUGCAAGAGCAGGUUUCCCCUCUCCCCCGGAGCUGCUGUGUUCCUCUGUUCACCCCAGGGGCUCUCGUUGGUCCCAGCCGUGUACAGCGGCAGUAAUAUCAUGGUCUGUUUCAGUACGGAGAGAUGUUGACUGACACUGACUGACGCUGGAACGACUUCUCUGCACUCUUCAUGUUUCUCGAGCAAUCACAAACUCUUGCACUCACAAUCUGUCAAAUGAGUUUUGUUGUGGUGGGUGGGUGGGUGAUGCCUGGGUUCAGUAGCCCCAGUUUGUCCAUGUUAGACCAGUACAGGGCUCCAUGGCCAGACUACUAGUGUUGUACUGUGUUGCCCCCCCCCCCCCCCCCCCCCCCCCCCCCCCCCCUGAGUACCAGGUAUCCAGCUCAUCAUUGGCUCGUCUGCUGUUUUGCUGUCAUCUAGAAUAGUGUAGUUAAUGCUUAUACAUUCUUUUUUUUGUAUUCAAGGUUCUUCUGUUCAAAUUGUGUCUUGUAUAUUUUGGUUAAUGUUACAUGCUUGCCUCCCCUUGGAUUUCCUGUGCUGCUUCUCAGAUAGUACAUGUAGCGGAGUAGUGAUCCACCUGCUUCGCUGUCCGCCCUCCUAGCAGAGCCUCCCGGUAGCUCCCUCAGCUUGAUGGGACAUGUAGUCGGAAACCUAGCAACUAUACUCAGUCCAGCCCCUUCCAUAGUGACUGUUUUAUUGGUGCGUGGGAGUCAGCGGCCAUGCUUACCUUGAGGCAAGUUUUCUGACAUCUUGAGUAAGUUCAAAUUGAUCAGAAGUUGACUUCAUGUAUCAAAGACGUCUGUUGAUUUCCCCCCCCCCCCUGCAACUGUAGUUGUGAAGGUGUGUGUUGUGUAAACAUGGAAAACAUAUCACAUGUGCUUCUGUGUGGUAUUUGUCUUACUAAUAUUUUCUUCGUAUUUUCUCAUGUUAACACGACGCGAGUGCCUGAUUUGAACCUCCCAAGACAGCAGGUGGCAGUGUGUGGCUGGGAUGGCGUUGUGUUGUUUUUCUAAGCGUGGCCUGUCUCAUGCUUUUACUUUUAACGCACUCAUAGCAGCUGAUUGGUAACAUGCUACAUUCCCGGUGGUUCAGUGGGUUUGUUAAAAGUGUGGUUAUUCCGCCCAGCAGGAGUCAGCCUAAAAUGGGCAGAAAUGGUGCAGAACAAAAGCUGCUUGUUGCUUGUACAAAGGUUGAGACGUGCAGCAGCUGGGACCGGGGUGCUAUGCUAAUGCCUGUGCCUUCGACAGGAAAGAGAAGCAACAUGUUCCCGAAGGGCACAAAGCGCAAGUUCUCCGACUCUGCGGACGAGCCGGGGGCGGCCGGCGAGGAGACCCAGUCCAGCUCCAUGGCCAUGCGCAUGCUCUCCUCCUACAGCCUGCAGCGCCAGUCCCUGCUGGACAUGUCCCUCAUCAAGCUGCAGCUGUGCCACAUGCUGGUGGAGCCCAACCUGUGCCGCUCGGUGCUCAUCGCAAACACGGUGCGGCAGAUCCAGGAGGAGAUGACCCAGGACGGGACGUGGCAGAUCAUGACGCAGGCCCUGAGCGCGGCGCAGUGCCCCGCCGACCACCUGGUGGCCACGGAGGUCCUGUGUCGGCAGGCCGAAGCGGCGCAGGGAGAGCAGGGGCCCAAGCCCCUCUCGGAGGAGGAGGAGGGCUACCACGAGGAGGACGAGGAGGAGGAGGAGGACGAAGAGGAGGAGGAGGUCGUGGUCGAGGAGGGGGAGGGCAAGGUCACCAUGUCCUCUGGCAUCCCCCAGGCUCCGGCCCCCUACCUGCCGGGUAAUUUUGGGCUGGACCCUCGCUGGGAAGAGGACCACGACGAGGAGGAGGACGAGGAGGAGGACAGCGAGGAGUGCGGGUCUGGGUCGGAGGGCGAGGAGGGGGACAACAGGCUGGUGGGAGACUCCAGGACAGCAGAGCAGGUCUUUGGGACCUUUGAGAUUAAAACCCCAGCGCCCAGCCCCGACCCCGCUCUGGAGGAGCUGUUCUCGGACGUGGACGCCUCCUACUACGACCUGGACACGGUGCUGACGGGGAUGCAGAGCGCCCCUAAGAUGGGGCCCUACGACCUCCUGGAGAGCCUGUCCUCCCACGGGCCCUCGGCCCUCAGCUCCGGCUCCAGCUGCCGAGCCGACCUCAACGAACUGGACCACAUCAUGGAGAUCAUAGUGGGCUCCUGAGGACUAGCCAGCCUGAUGCCAGACUGCACGUUGUGUGUGCAUGGAUGGGGAGCCCCUCUACACAUUUUAGACAUUGAAGGGUUAUGACAUCAGACUUGGUUAUAAAUCUGAAGCCAGCAAUGAUUACUUAUACCAUGAUGUUUUAUUUUUGAUUUGACAUAUUUUCUAUGUUCACUUUUGUCAUACAUUCUAUAUUUUCCAGUCUUUGUUUAUUUAUUGUUGAAUGGACUGAAGAUCAAUUCCACACUACAUGACAAAAGGAGCUGAACAAAUCGCAAUGCAUAUUUUCCUAAAGAGUCAAUCCAAUAUGAAUGAAAUAUAUGUAUAUGUACGUAUGUAUAUAGAAAUAUAUUUUUUUGCAUUACACAGCUUGGGAAAUUUACCAAUAUUAUGUAAUAAUAUUUGUCCUUGAUAGGUUUUAAGAUUUUAAUGUAGCCAGAUUCUUCUGUCUUCCUAUGGGUUGGUAUCAAGCAGACUGCAACAGAAUCAGACUGGCUCCUCCAGGCCUGCUGGUCGGCUGGCUCUUUCAGGCCUGCUGGUCGGCUGGUUCCUCUGGGCCUGCUGGUCGGCUGGUUCCUCCGGGUCGGCUGGUUCCUUCGGGCCUGCUGGCCGGCUGGUUCCUUUGGGCCUGCUGGUCGGCUGGUUCCACAUCUGAAUGAACACAUGGAACAUGUAUUACACAUGGAACUGGGAGAGUUCUGGGGACCUUAACCCUUUCAUCUGCAGUAAUAAGCCAUAUUUUCUGACUUUUGUAGAAUAACAAACAACUAAUUAUGAGUUAACCCACCUAAGUUAUUUCCUUUUUUUAAUUUAUUUGUAUUUAUUCAACACAGACAAAAACAUGCUGAGUUGUAUUUUGUUGAGACAGAUCUUCAUUCCCUGUUCUGUAACAAAUAUGGGCUUACUACUCUAUGCAGUUCUUUCAUACAAUUCACACAUGAUUGUACUCGACAGUAAUAAUAUCAGUAUUUUGUGUUUUUUUUCUUUUUUUUUUUUCUUCUAUAGGCAGUCGUUUCUCUCGAUCUGAUCAUGAUGAAGAGGUUACUCAGGCUAGUGUUGGUGAAGUCAGACAGUAUUAACAUGCUCGUUACCUUCCUCCCUCCUCCAGGAAUGAUGUCACUCUGGUUUGAACACAAGCUGGAAUUUCAAAGACCUUAACAGUUGUAAAGUAUAUGCAUUUUUUAUAUUCCGAAAAAAACAUUGUACCGUCUUUGUAAAUAUUUUUUAUAAUAAAAGGUACAAAGUG